GAAAAAUUAGCUCUUUGAAGAGAAAGUGGUUCGAUGUUGCAGCACUGGCCUCUUAAACUGCUGCAGGAAUGGAACGGAUGAGAAUACUUGUUCUGGGUGAUCAGAACUGAGACCCCCGUUGUGAUUACUAACAUGCCUCCUCCUAGAACAAGGGAGGGCAGGGAUUGCAGAGACCACCCCCGGGCUCCCCGUGAGAAAGAGGCCCUGGAGAAGUGGGACUGGAGUUGUCCAGAGACACGUCGCCUCUUGGAAGAUGCCUUCUUCCGUGAGGAGGAUUAUAUCCGUCAGGGUUCUGAGGAAUGUCAGAAGUUUUGGACCUUCUUUGAACGCCUGCAGAGAUUCCAGAAUCUCAAAACCUCCAGGAAGGAGGAGAAAGACUCCGGGCAUCCCAAGCACAGCAUCCCAGCCCUGGCCGACCUACCUCGCACUUACGACCCACGUUACCGCAUCAACCUCUCUGUUCUGGGCCCUGACACGCGGGGCUCUCGGGAGCUGGGCAGGCACUUGCCCGCCGAGAGAGUGUCUGAGUUCCGCCGAGCCCUGUUGCACUACCUGGACUUUGGCCAGAAGCAGGCCUUUGGGCGUCUGGCUAAGCUGCAGCGUGAGCGGGCGGCCCUCCCCAUUGCCCAGUACGGGAACCGCGUCCUGCAGACACUGAAGGAACACCAGGUGGUGGUGGUGGCUGGUGACACCGGCUGUGGCAAGUCCACUCAGGUGCCCCAGUACCUGCUGGCUGCUGGCUUCAGUCACGUGGCAUGCACCCAGCCCCGGCGGAUCGCCUGCAUCUCACUGGCCAAGCGUGUCGGCUUUGAGAGCCUCAGUCAGUAUGGUUCACAGGUCGGCUACCAGAUCCGCUUUGAGAGCACGCGUUCUGCGGCCACCAAGAUUGUGUUCCUGACGGUGGGGCUGCUCCUGCGACAAAUCCAGCGGGAGCCCAGCCUGCCCCAGUACGAGGUCCUGAUCGUGGAUGAAGUCCACGAGCGGCACCUCCACAAUGACUUCCUCCUGGGCGUCCUCCGGCGCCUGCUGCCCAAGCGGCCUGACCUCAAGGUCAUCCUCAUGUCGGCCACCAUCAACAUCUCGCUCUUCUCCAGCUAUUUUGGCAAUGCCCCGGUGGUACAGGUGCCCGGGAGGCUGUUCCCCAUCACGGUUGUGUACCAGCCGCAGGAGGCGGAGCCAACCACAUCCAAGUCGGAGAAGCUGGACCCGCGGCCUUUCCUGAGGGUGCUGGAGUCCAUUGACCACAAGUACCCGCCUGAGGAGCGGGGUGACCUCCUUGUCUUCCUCAGCGGCAUGGCGGAGAUCAGCACUGUACUGGAAGCUGCCCAGACCUAUGCCAGCCACACCCAGCGCUGGGUGGUGCUGCCGCUGCACAGUGCCCUGUCUGUGGCCGCCCAGGACAAGGUGUUUGAUGUGGCACCCCCUGGAGUCCGAAAAUGCAUCCUCUCCACCAACAUUGCUGAGACCUCAGUCACCAUUGACGGGAUCCGCUUUGUAGUAGAUUCUGGGAAGGUGAAGGAGAUGAGCUACGACCCGCAGGCCCAUCUGCAGCGGCUGCAGGAGUUCUGGAUCAGCCAGGCCAGCGCAGAGCAGCGGAAAGGCCGGGCGGGCCGCACGGGCCCCGGAGUCUGCUUCCGCCUCUAUGCCGAAUCGGACUAUGAUGCCUUCGCCCCCUAUCCUGUCCCGGAAAUUCGGAGGGUGGCCCUGGACUCACUGGUGCUGCAGAUGAAGAGCAUGAGCAUGGGGGACCCCCGAACCUUCCCCUUCAUUGAGCCCCCACCACCAGCCAGCCUGGAAACCGCUAUCCUCUACCUCCGGGACCAGGGAGCCCUGGACAGCUCAGAGGCCCUCACGCCCAUCGGGUCCCUGCUGGCCCAGCUGCCUGUGGACGUCGUGAUUGGGAAGAUGCUGAUCCUGGGCUCCAUGUUCAGCCUGGUGGAACCUGUGCUCACCAUCGCAGCGGCGCUCAGCGUCCAGUCGCCCUUCACCCGCAGUGCCCAGAGCAGCCCGGAGUGUGCAGCAGCAAGGCGGCCACUGGAGAGCGACCAGGGUGACCCUUUCACCCUCUUCAAUGUCUUCAACGCCUGGGUGCAGGUAAAAUCUGAACGGAGCAGAAACUCCCGCAAGUGGUGCCGCCGCCGGGGCAUAGAGGAGCACCGACUGUACGAGAUGGCCAACCUUCGGCGCCAGUUCAAGGAGCUGCUGGAGGACCACGGGCUGCUGGCUGGGGCUCAGGCCGUGCAGGCAGGGGACAGCUACAGCCGGCUGCAGCAGCGCCGCGAGCGCCGGGCCCUGCACCAGCUGAAACGCCAGCAUGAGGAGGGCGCGGGGCGCAGGCGCAAGGUGCUGCGGCUGCAGGAGGAGCAGGACGGCGGCUCCAGCGACGAGGACCGGGCCGGCCCAGCACCCCCAGGAGCCGGCGAUGGCGUGGACAUCCAGGAUGUGAAGUUCAAGCUUCGGCAUGACCUGGCACAGUUGCAGGCCGCUGCCAGCUCAGCCCGGGACCUGAGCCGGGAGCAGCUAGCCCUGCUGAAGCUGGUGCUGGGCCGGGGCCUGUACCCGCAGCUGGCCGUCCCUGACGCCUUCAACAGCAGCCGAAAGGACUCAGACCAGAUUUUCCACACGCAGGCCAAGCAGGGUGCCGUGCUGCACCCUACCUGUGUCUUUGCUGGCAGCCCUGAGGUGCUGCACAUACGGGAGCCGGAGGCUGGCAGCUGCGAUGGAAGCCGAGACGACCAGAAGAUGAGCAGCAAAUACCAGCUCCUCAGCUUUGUGUCCCUGCUGGAGACCAACAAGCCGUACCUGGUGAACUGCGUCCGCAUCCCUGCCCUCCAGUCCCUCCUGCUGUUUAGCCGGUCCCUGGACACCAACGGUGACUGCACCCGCCUGGUGGCCGAUGGCUGGCUGGAGCUACAGCUGGCAGACAGCGAAAGUGCCGUCCGGCUCCUGGCGGCUUCCCUGCGGCUCCGUGCCCGCUGGGAAAGCGCCCUGGAUAGGCAGCUGGUGCACCAGGCCCGACAGCGGCUGGAGGAGGAGGAGGAGGAGGAGGAGCCUGUCAGCCCCAAGGAGGUGGUCGUCCUGAGCAAGGAACUGCUGCAAUUCACAGCAUCCAAGCUUCCCUACAGCCUCCGGCGGCUCACGGGGCUCGAAGCCCAAAACCUGUAUGUGGGACCCCAGACCAUCCCAGUCACCCCCCAUCUUCCUGGCCUCUUUGGCAGCUCCACCCUGUCCCCUCACCCCACCAAGGGGGGCUACGCAGUCACCGACUUCCUCACCUACAACUGCCUCACGAGUGACACGGACCUGUACAGCGACUGUCUCCGAACCUUCUGGACCUGCCCCCACUGUGGCCUGCACGCACCCCUCACGCCCCUGGAGCGCAUCGCCCAUGAGAACACCUGCCCCCAGGCCCCACAGGAGGGGCCCCCAGGGGCUGAGGAAGCUGCCCCCGAGACCCUCCAGAAGACGUCUGUCAUGCAAAGGCCCUACCACUGCGAGGCCUGCGGGAAGGACUUCCUGUUCACACCCACCGAGGUGCUGCGUCACCGGAAGCAGCACGUGCGAGCCACACCAGGAGCACCACCCGCCUCCCCACAGUCUCCCCACCCUCCGGCCCAGGACUAGGGCCCAGAGCCCCGCCCCCCUCCCUCCAGCCCUAGACUAGGGCCAGGACUCUUGCCUGAGCCCCCCAGCUUGGGCUUCGCCCUAUGGUCCUGUCCCAGGGCAGAGGGGGUGGAGCAUGGAUUGUGAAUAAAACCUCACAUGCUGA